AUGUUGUCAAAGACCUCUUCUCAAGUCCAACUGGGACUUCUAGUCUUGGCUUCAUUUUUACCCUCAUGUCUCUCACUUUCUUCACUGAAAGUCGAUACUACAGUAGGAACAGUAUAUGGUCUAAUCAACGGCACACACCCAGACGUGGUGCAGUUUCUAGGAAUACCUUACGCUGAACCACCAGUCGGUGAUCGGAGAUGGAUCCCCUCCGUUGCGAAAUCCCCAGUCGGCAAAAUAGAUGCAACUUCAUUCAGUCCAUCUUGUCCUCAAUACGACACCUCGAUACCAUCAACAUAUGAAAUCGAUGCACGAGACUUCCUUGUUUCAGGUCCCGUCUCCGAAGACUGUCUUACAUUGAGUGUCUGGGCACCUUUCUCAGCAGGCAAUUGUAGUGAGCCAUUACCUGUCAUUGCUUGGAUAUACGGCGGCGGUCAGCAGACUGGCGGUGCUCAGAUCGAAUAUCAAAUCCCGACGCCUUGGGUUCAGAGAACAAAAGCACAUAUCGUCGUUCAGAUAAACUAUCGCCUCAAUAUUUUUGGCAAUCCUAUUGCUGCAGGGAUCGACGAAAAGCUGAAUCUUGGUCUUCUGGAUCAGAGAGUAGGAAUGGAAUGGAUUAGACAGAAUAUUGCAAAUUUUGGAGGAGAUCCUUCCAGAAUAACCAUGUGGGGACAAUCUGCUGGCGCGGCGUCAACUGAUUACUACAAUUUCGCUUAUCCAGAAGACCCUAUCAUUGCGGGAAUCAUCAUGGAUUCUUCCUCAGCUCAAGGUGCAGGCGCACCAAACGAUCCAACUGGGAGCAACUUUACAUUUGUUGCUCGAAAUCUAGGCUGUGGUAACUUGACAGCCGAAGCUGAGUUGACUUGCAUGAAGAAUGUUCCUUCAGCGAAUAUAACAGCAUUCUUAAAGUCGUAUCAAGAUUCUGGAGUCUCUCCUUCAAUCACAUUCAGCCCGAUUGUAGACAACGUUUCUCGUUUCUCGAACUACACUUCCAGAGCACUUGCGGGUAACUUUUCAAGAGUGCCAGCUAUUCAUGGGACGAAUAACAAUGAGGGUUCUUCGCUGACUGUCUGGGUAAACAAUGGAACGACCUAUAAUGAAACUUUAGCGAAUGCCAAUACUGUGCAACGGGCAUGCUGGGCACAACAAACCACUAAGAAUCGAUAUGCUGCAAACGCAACAACUUUCCGUUAUUACUACACGGGAAACUUCUCCAAUAUCUCGCCUCGCGCUUGGGAAGGAGCAUAUCACUCUUCUGAGCUUCCACUUAUCUUUGGAACCCAUGACAUAGCAUACUCUGAGUCGACAGACUUCGAAUUUGCGGUCUCACAUCGAAUGCAAGAUCUUUGGUUGGCGUUUAUGAGAGACCCGGUUAACGGGUUGCCACAACAAGGAUGGAAUCCUUAUGUUCCUGGGGACGAAGGAACGGCAAUUGAGUUUGCGUGGGAUGGACAGGUGCAGCAGUUUAUCAAGCUUAGUGAGUUUGACCAAAACUGUAUAGGAAGUCCGGCAAUUACUCCAGUUGUUGGAGCGAUACCGCCAGACAAUACUGGCGUUGGCGUUGCUUAG